AUGAAGAAAAAAAAAAAAGAUAAAAAAAAUUAUCAACUUAAAAAAAAUAAAUAAAAAAUAAAUUACCUCUAAAGCACUUAUUCUAAUUAUAUCAACUUAAUAAUUUAUUUUUUAAUAAUUAUUUUUUUAUUUUUAUUCCCAAUUUAUAUUUUAAUUUCAAAAUAUAUUUAAAUGAUAAAUUAUCAAUAUUUAAAGCAUUUAUUUUUAGAAAAUGAGUCAUUUAUUUAGAGAAUAUUAGUUAUAUUUUAAUAACUAAAAUCAGCAUAUUUUUAUUAUAAAUUAUUUAAUAAUAAUGAAUAUAUUAUCAAAGAGUUUGAAAAGAAUUAAUAUAAUUUACUUCAAGAUCUUAAUUAAGUAAUUUAAACAUGA